AUGUUGAAAUCUUGUGGAUCAUUUUUUGAACCACAGGUUUUUUGGAACGCCCCGUUUCUUAGUGGAGGUGGCUACUGCUCGGAGGCAACGUCUCUCGUGUCUUCUCUUGAAAAGCAAGGAUUCGACGUUCACUUACAGCAAGUGAGUUUCCCCAAAUGUUUAUAUAAUCUGCAGCAUGGAGAUGGAGUGAGCCAGGGUUAUUUAUCCGCUCUUUCAUAUGAAGAUCAGUCUAUGCUGUGGAGACUGCUGAAUAAGGAUCGGGAUGAUCGGAAUCGCAUCACCAUUGAAGUGUGCCACAGCGAGCCGGGCGCCUGGAAGCCAGCUGCAUUUGACACGAGCGACUGCCCGCAGUUCUCCAAAUCCGUUUCCUAUCACGUUGGUCGAACCAUGUUUGAAACCGAUCGUCUUCCGAAGGGAUGGAAGAAGAAAAUGAAUCGAAUGGACGAAAUCUGGGUGCCUUCCGACUUCCUGAAAUCCAUCUUUGAGAGAGAGGGCGUAAAGAACGUUCGAGUGGUUGGAGAGUCUGUAAACACUCAUUUCUUCCGCCCGAUCGUGUCGGUUCGCAAAGAUGCAACGCUCCCUCUCUCCCAAGAUCCCGAAAACACAUACAAUCUCACGCGAGCCUACAUAUUCGACACUGUUUUCGAGCGCCACCCUCUCCAUGGCUAUGCUUCCACCGUUUUUCUGUCCAUUUUCAAAUGGGAGUUUCGAAAAGGGUGGGAUAUUUUGUUAAACGUUUAUUUCGACUCGUUCUCCAAGAACGAUCCUGUUUCUUUGUUUAUCAUCACGCAAGAGUAUCAUUCGGAUGGAGAUUCUGUGGAUGAUCAAGUCCAGGACUUCAUUCGCACACAUUGGGCACACAAGGCUUCCUCGCUUCCCCAUUUUAAAAUCGUUACGACGCUCGCACCGCAAUUGUUCCUUCCCUACUUUUACAACUUCGCGAGCGCUGUGGUUCUCCCAACACGAGGAGAGGGCUGGGGGCGUGUUGCGCAGGAAGCCAUGAGCUGUGGGGGUGUUGUGAUCACAACAGGAUACGGAGGUCCGCUCACCUUUCUGAAUGCGAACAACAGUUUUCCCAUUCCGGUCGGCCGAUUCACUACCAUCCAGGAGGGCCCGUUCCGAGGACAUCAGCUGGUGGAACCGGAUCGAGCAGAGUUAGCGCGAAUGAUGCGUUUGGUUGUUCAGAAUCCAGAGGAGCUGAAUGAAAUCCGGAGAGAAGCUCGCGAAUCGAUGGUGCGUCAGUACUCGGAGGAAGCGAUGGGUAAAGUUCUGGAAGCUGAAUUGCUGAGGAUCGAGAGUGUAAUUUUAGGCAGAGAAUUGGAGAAGGAACUGUAG